UCGUGGACCUAUUCAUUUGACAAGCGGACGUUUAUUUAUUGAUAACGUUAAAUUAGAAGGGGGAAAAAGAAACAUGUUUUAUUUAGUAGCCACGCUGGUAGCCGCUCUGCUUUGCGGUCCGAGGGUUUUGGGGAAAACCGUGACGGGACUUUUUCAGAGCGAAGCGGCGAGAGAGCAGAGCGGCCAGUUCAUCACUAAAUUCAUGUACCAAGGAGCGAACGGUCUGCUGGUGUGCAGGCUGGACAACUCCCCGCUGGCCGUGGAGAAGCAGUCCGUGCUGCUGCUCUACCAGGAUGCGGACGAAGGCCUGGACAACCUCAGCUGCUCCGAGAGGCUAGCAAAAGCCCAGCUCACCAUUUCCCUCAGUCAGGAGGAACACAACCAGACAAUUCCUCAUCAGCCGUCGCCCACAGCCUGGCACGCCCUCUACGCCGACAGAUACACAUGUCAGGACGGUGGUAUGUCGGUGAUUCCCUCUCACGCCGACCUCAGGUUUACCGUCUUGUUAUUUAACGCCGACUCGGCAGGAAACCCUCUGGAGCACUUCAGUGCCGAGGAAACGGGACUCCACAGUUUCUACUUCCUGCUGCUGCUGGCCUACUUCGUGGCCUCCUGUAUCUACACCCAGCCCUUGUACCAGGCUCUGAGGAAGGGCGGUCCCAUGCACACCGUCCUCAAAGUGCUGUCCACAGCGCUGGCCUUGCAGGGCGUCUCCGCCCUCUGCAACUACAUCCAUCUGGCAAGGUAUUCCAGGGAUGGGAUUGGGAUGCCGCUGAUGGGCAGCCUGGCUGAGUUGUGUGACAUGGUGUCCCAGGUGUCCGUGCUGUACAUGCUGCUGAGUCUGUGUAUGGGCUGGACUUUGAGUCGAGGCAGGAAGCCUCAGUCCAGACCUCUGCAGUGGGAUUCGUCUCCAGCGGCCACAGCUGUCGCCGUCGGGGGCGUCGUAACACAGGGUGUCUUGCUGCUGUGGGAGCAGUAUUCAGACUCGGAGACGGAGCAUCACAGCUACCACGCCCAGCAGAGUCUGGCCGGGAUCCUGCUCAUCGCUCUGAGGGUCUUCCUGGCUCUCCUGCUGGCCUCGGUCCUCUACCAGAUCAUCUCUACUGAGAGGAGCACCCUGAAAAGAGACUUCUACCUCAGCUUCACCAAGGGCUGUUUCCUUUGGCUCCUCUGCCAUCCCGUCCUCGUCCUCAUCUCUGUCGCCUUCAACCAGCACCAGAAGGAGAAGAUGGUGACUAUUGGCGUGAUCCUCUGCCAGGCCAUCUCCAUGGUGAUUCUUUACCAGCUCUUCCUCUCUCGCUCUCUCUACUGGGAGGUCUCCUCGCUCUCCUCUGUGUCGCUGCCCCUCACCAUGUCCAGGGCCAACCAAAGGGGGCGCUACUGAGCACUCGCCGGGACUCUUUUGCCCCUCCACCAUGUGGAGCGGGGCGACUCAUGACCACUAAGAACGAAGCAGAGGAGACGUGAAGUGCUGGUAUACCGUAGAAAAUGCCCUCUUGAUGCUGGAACCGGCAUCGAGGGGACGCAAUAACGGGCACACGAGAGAGGGGAACAUAUUUACUGUUACACCAGGAAGUCUCAUCCCUCUGACCGCAUGCCCAGUGAAUCACAGCAGGGCUCACAGAGCGGCAAGGAGAACAUAUUUACGGCAACAGCCUACCUCUGGUCAUGGGAACCACCGUCACCAUGUGAGGGCCUCACCAGUGGAGUGGAACAAUUUUUAGGCAUCGCAGAGCAAGAGGGACGGUAUUUAAUGCAGCACCACAGAGGAAAUAGACACAAGGCCUUUCUUGUCAUGUCCUCUCGUGCCUUCUUGUGUUCUCCGUCACGUGUUUGGCGUAAUAUCUAACGGACAAAGUACAAACACACGGGUGGUUAAAGUUCCCGGAGGUUAAACUGCAAACCACAAAACGCUGAAGCUGCAUCGUCUGUGUUCACUCACAGACCAGAGAUGUUGACCUCAAGCACGCAGACUGUAGAGAUGCUCUCCGUUCAGACGUUGCUGACAGGUUUGUUGUUUCCAAGGCAACAUGAGAGGAUCAUGCUCCACAACACAGAUAUCAGCUUGGCAUUUCUGGAGUUGAUAAUCAUGUAGAUGGUGGAAUCACAGGAAAUAACAGGUGACCCGGUGCAAGGCAGUGUUUUCUGAGAUGCUGCCUGUGCUAACUACUGCUGAGCUUUUCUUCUCUCUUAAUGGGAUAGUUCACCCAUGUUGAAAAAUGUGAUAUUAUUGCUCACACACACACA